AACAUUACAGUUUAUUAAGUCUGUUGACGUUGCAAUCAUUUGUUUACGACCGUUACACUUUUCACGCUCCAAAAUCACUUCAACAAUAAUUUACAGUUACACUCUGAUUCAUUCAUUCAAUUCAACACGUCUAAGAAUAAAACCUAGACCUUGAUCGUGAAUCGUGAUCUUCGCCGUCAUUCGCCAUUUCUUAGCGUAUUUUUAACUUGUUUCAACUCUGAAAGCAAACAGCGAUAACCUGACGAUAACAAAAGCGCAACGCAAUACACCCACGCAUAUCCACUGGUGUUGUACGUUUGGUACUUUGGUGAAUUAUUGAUUUUUGUGCAACAUAUACCCAACGCUUUCUGCUUCCAACUUGUUGCUGAUGAGCGCAGCGUUGGCGAGCAACAGUUCGCCGGGCGAAUUCACGCAAACUGGGCACAUUUGUCAUUCGGAUUGCUCGGAAUACUCGGAAUAUUCGGAUAACGAGCCGACUAGUGCGUUAAUUAGGUAAAUAAUAUAAUAUUAUACAAGUGAAUCUUGUCUGGGGUGGUUUAGGAGCUUUGUUAAGGUGUAGGUUGUGAAAUUUGCACAGUCAUCGCAACACAAACAGCUGUUUAGCACAAAACUCACAAAAAGAAAGAAGAUUUUCAAAGGAAAUAUGGAAGCGAGAAGUGAUCAUCAACUGUAUCGACAGUUUAAUACACUCAGUCGAUUCAAUACAUUCAUUGGUGUGAUGUUAACUACAAUGGUGCUGAUUUGGUGCACACAUUACAGGCUGGGUUUUGCCUGGCAUAGUGAUUAUUCACUGCAGUUCAAUUGGCAUCCAUUUUUGAUGACUUUCGGGAUGAUUUACAUGUUUUCACAGACUAUGUUGGUGUACAGAUCGAAACGCAACUGGAGUAAACGCACACUGAAGCUUACACAUGCAGGAUGUCACUUUUUUGUUUUGAUCUGUGCGAUUAUUGGACUGAAAGCGGUGUUUGACUUUCAUAAUUAUACUUCUACACCGAUUCCGAAUUUGUAUUCUAUGCAUUCGUGGAUUGGGUUGACUGCUGUUAUCAUAUUUGCAUUUCAAUAUCUUUUGGGUUUCGUAACGUUCCUAUACCCUGGUUUGGCUCAAGAAAUCCGCAAAUUCUCAAUGCCCAUCCACGUGGCGACUGGAACAACAUGUUUUCUCUUCUGUGUCAUCGCAGCAUUCACCGGACUGACUGAAAAAGCUCUCUUUUCAUUAGGUGAUAACUAUAAAAAACUAGAAGGUGAAGCCAUCCUAAUCAACUUCAUUGGUUUAUUGCUUGCAAUUUUCGCUGCUUUAACCUUAUAUCUUGUAAAUCACCCGGAUUACAAGCGUGUGGCUGAAGGAGAGGAACAAAUUGCUAUCACUGAGCACACUGAGUAAGAUCUGCAUAUUAUAAGAGAAAUAAGAGUGAAAAGGGAGAAGAGUGAGAGAAAGGUGCUAAAUGUGCUUAAAAGAAUCCUGUAUAACCAUUAGGCUAAACUAGGUUAUGUAAGGUAAUUAUCCUAUUAUAAAGUAUAUUUUGUGUUAGCCGAUAAGAAUCUAUGCCAAAUUGCCAAGCAAGUACGUAAUACCGUGCAUAUCAUUGGUGCUUCUCUGUGUUUUAUGUGAUUAUAACGAAUAUAUUUAUCUAAUGUAUCAAUAACAAAAAAGUGUAUUUGAAACACUCGGUUUAGUUUAAUUAUGUCAAUAUGUUUGCGGUGCUGUUCAAGUGAUGGCGGUAGUGAUGUGCUAAUAUACCAUGCGAUUAGUUUUGCAUUUUAUAAAUAUUUUGAAGAUUAAAAGAGGCUUAGUAAGUUUUUUUGUUACUAGUUAUGCGGAAUAUUAAAAAUUAAUGAAUUAUCA